GCAGUUAGCCGUCGAUCAUUGGUGUCAGCUGGAAGAUUCCGUCAGAUGGUGUCGUGAAUCCUGUAAAAUCACAUCGAUCAGUGCACGACGGAGUCAGUCAAGAUGAGCGGUGGAAUGCCAGAGCUAGGCUCUAAGAUCAGUUUGAUCUCGAAAGCGGAUAUUCGCUAUGAGGGACGUCUCUUCACCGUCGAUCCGCAGGAAUGUACGAUCGCCCUGGCCAACGUACGUUCUUUUGGUACGGAGGAUCGGGAAACUCAACUUCCUGUUGCACCACAAAAUCAAGUAUAUGAAUAUAUUCUGUUUCGUGGAUCAGAUAUUAAGGAUAUCAGAGUUGUCAACAAUGUUAGUUCUAUUCCCAAUGAUCCAGCUAUUGUGCAGAUGACAGUGCAACCAUCUAUGAAUCAGCAGUCGUAUCAGCCACAGCCUAGCUAUGCUCAUCCAAUGAUGGGCCAAAUGGGUCCGAUGGGCGGUCAAUACGGAGCUCCCUAUGGUAUGGGUAUGGGUACUAUGGGCCCAGUAAUGGGAAUGCCGACCACAACUAGAGAUCCACGUGGAGCAAUGAAUAAACAACCAAGUGAGUUGAGCUUGGGCUCUGCCGAACCCAAUGCCAUGAAUAUUCCGAACUCACUGCCAACGGCCAAUAUCGACCCAUUACCAAAAGAUCAAUCUCUGGAAGAUGGUGUACUAGAUCUUAUUAGUGGUGGUUCUCGUUCUACCACUCCGACAUCAUCCUUACUGACGAGAAAAAGUCCAACUAUGGAUCAAGGUAUUCAGGUAGGACACGAACAAUCGCAGCAACAGAAUAGUAACAUUGGCAAAUUGAAUGAUAAGACGAACAUGAGGACCGUCCAACCCCCUCGCCGGGAUCAUGAUAGUGUGACGAACAUUCUUCGCAUUUUUAGCCACGGAAAUGCUAAGAAUAACACGGCCAUGUCUCACAAUCAGUACAAUGACGGAAAGAGGGACAUGAUGAAGCAAGAUAUUCAAAAUCAAGGUGGUCAUGGUCAAGGUGGUCGAGGCAACCGUGGUGGCUGGGUGAAUCGUGGCGGCAACAUGAGAGGUAGAGGAGGUCGAGGACGUGGUGGUUUUCGUGCGAAUCAAGCGGGCAACACUGGUGCCAACAAGCCUAAAAAUACACUGAAGUUUGAUAACGACUAUGACUUCGAACAAGCCAAUACCGAAUUCGAGGAAUUAAGGUCACAAUUGGCAAAAACGAAAAUUGAUGGUACCGACAACGAGAAAAAAGAUGACAGUGGAAAUGAAACGGGCGCAGGUGAAGGUGAACCUGAGGAGGAACCAGAGAUUGUGCACUAUGAUAAGUCCAAAUCGUUCUUUGACAAUAUUAGUUGUGAGGCUGUCGAAAGGAGUAAAGGUCGGUUCCAACGCACGGAUUGGAGAACAGAACGAAAACUGAAUUCAGAAACUUUUGGUGUUGCUUCUACAAGACGUGGAGGUUUUCGCGGUCGUGGCUAUUACAAUCGCGGAAUGGGAGGCAUGUACAGAGGAAGCGGCGGUGGCAACAACAAUUUCCGCGGUGGUUAUCGAGGCAACAGAGGCGGCAAUCGUAAACCUCCUAAUCAAAUGCAAAACAACACGGGGAGUCAAAAUCGCGCGACCAACGAACAAUCUGCCCCUCAGUCGCAGACGAACGUUAUCUAAAUAAUAAUAAUAAAAAAAGAAUUUAAUUUGUCACCGGUACGGCGUAAAAGAACUCAAAUAACACAUAUACCGGAGAAAAUAAGCGUUGCGCUACUAUAUAAAUAUAUAUAUAUAUAAGUAUUCAAUAGAUUAAGAUUUUAUAUACGCUCCACCGUUAUGGACUGAUUUGGAUUAAAAUUUGGCAAUCGAACCGUAUAGACAUUACACGCGGUCUCAGAUUGAAUGUAGAUUAUAUAACGGAGAGCGCGCGUUUGCAAAAAACAAAAAAUAAAUAAAAAUCGCCGGGCCGGUGGUUACGUGUGGGAUUAAGUGACAAGAAUCGCACAUGCGGACGUCGCAUAUGAUUCAUUGCAUCGAUAUUUUGCCGCUAAAUGAUCGAAGAAGGUACUUUUAAAAGACAAAUUUGUUUCUUACCGCUUAGUCGACAAUGAUCACGACGAAUUGCUAUUAAGAGAAUAUAAAAACAAGAUAAUUUCGCUUCAAAGCGAAGUCAGCUACAAGCAGAACCUUUGUUCUUUUUUAUAACGAAUACUUAUUUGUGGAAUCAAAUGUAAGAAUUUGAAAGAGGAGGAAUUAAAAUUUGCGUGGAUUAGUUGUAAGUUUUAUUUGAAAUGUGUCUUAAUGAGUUAAUUUGAAAAAAAAACCACCUAUAAGAGUGGUGGUGUGUCCGUUUAUAGUUAAGGGAAAAAAAAGAAAAACAAUUCGAUCGUGAUCAUUUAUUCAGUCCGGUUUUCUCAAGACUUGACUAUAACUAAUUAAGGAAUGGCUUUAUUAUGAAGGUGACUAUGGUCGUUUAUGGAAUAGCUGGUUUGUAUCCGUAUAUCGGAAGUGAAUGGCAAAAAUAAUGGACGUGCGUAAAAGUACUUUCUCGACAAAGUAUGUAAAAAUCGAUUGUAUCUAUAAAAAAAAAAACAAAAAAAACAAAAAAAAAAAGUAAUGCAUUUGUCGAGAAUAGGAAUAUUGUGAAGUAUAUAGAGUACAAGGCACACAUUUGGCAAAAAAAAAAAAAAAAAAAAAACAUUCUUUUCUUUUGUUUUGGGUUUUUGAGCGUACACAGACGAGAAAUUUUUCAAAUCCUCGGCAUGAAGUUCAUGUAAAACGUAUAAUUUUAUUGGGGCGGAUAAAUAUAAGAAAACAAACGAGCGAAAAUAAGUUUCCAUAUAUAGGAUUUUUGUAUUAUUAAAUUGGAGUAACUAAAAAUAACCCGCUUACUCUUUCUUUGGAAGAUCUGUAUCUUAGAAUUACGAAAGAUGUAAGCGUCUAUCUUAUUGUUGUAAGUAGCUAAGUUCUAAAAUCGUGUUAAAUCAUAUAAUUGGCAUCGUGUUCUCUCUGCAACCAAGGAUUCCUCGAUUGCUCUCAAAUGUGUCGAAUAAUCUCGAUAAGAUGAGACAUAAGUCUGGAUACGUAAGUCUCAAAGAAAUUUAUAAUCAGUAAGGUGAUGUUCAUCUAGGUCAAUGUAAUAUUUUAAGAUUCACACCAUUUCUAACAAUAUAUUUCUGUCGAUAUCUGGUUUUCUCUUUCAAUGUUUUUUUUCUUGCUGUUUUGUUGAUCGAAAACUAUGACAUGGUAUAUGCAAAAAUACUGAAAAGGAAAUAAGAUUUGCGCACUUGCAAUUAACAUAUGUAUGAAAACACACAAAAAAAAUUAUAUAUAAAAUGAAUUAUUUAUUAAAAUAAUAAAAAUACUGUCUUACCAGUCAGUAUCAUAAAACAUGUAGUCAGUCAUACAUAUCUAUAUUGAAGUGAAAUUGCAAUUGAUCUGUUUUCUUUUCGUAUUUGAACAGUCUAGUCUUGAAACGAGAAUGAACACUUUGUAUAUGGGGAAAAAAAAAAAAAAAAAAAAAUUAUGUGAGUUUGUAUUAGUGACGCGAAUUCAGAAUUGUAACUUGUGAUAAAAACUUCCAGACUAAACAAAAUAAAGUGCAUAAAGAUUAGACUAUUCAUGCUUUCGAAGAAUCCUUUUUGAUGCAUGACAACGCUGCGCGUAGGAUUGUGUUAAAUGGCGAUACGAGCAAGACUAAAAUAAAGCAUGAUGUCCUUAAAAAUGUAAGACGUAAAAAAAAAGAGUAAGAAUAUUAUUUGCGACUAUUAUUUUUCUAUGGCUCGUACGGAGUCCAACUCGCAUACAGAUAAUUAUAUAUACAAAAUACAUGCAUACACACACACAUA